CCCGCUUCUCUCUCCGGCCCAACUUGCGCUUCCUCUCCAUUCCCGAUGGCCUCUCCGAUGACAAACCUCGCUCGGCGUACCAAUUGACUGAGCUCUUUUAUUCGCUCAGAACCCACUCUGUGGAUUCUUUCCGCGAGCUGCUGCUCGCCGGCAGGAACAAAGAUCGCGACGGUUGGCCGCCUGUGAGCUGCAUUAUCGUGGAUGGACUGAUGCCCUAUUUCAUGGACGACGCUCAGGCCUUGGGGAACCCUGUGCUUGCAUUCCGAACUAUUAGUGAAUCUUCCCUUUGGGUUUAUCUUCAGAUCCCUCAGAUGAUAGAGGCCAGCGAGCUCCCUUUUCCAUGUAGCAGCAAAUUAGCAGACCCCAAGUUCAUUAUUUCUUCCAUUUUCCUUAUAAGCUGAUGCAGACCUUGACGAACACAUAAAGAGCGUGCCGGCCAUGGAAGGCUUUCUCCGGCGUUGAGACCUCCCAAGCAUGUGUCGAAAAGCAACAAAAGCCGACGACAAAGAGCUUCAAUUAUUCACAAACUUUGCUACUAGCAGUACGCGGUCAAAAGGACUAAUCUUCAAAACUUCAUAUUCCCUCGAAGCUCCCAUCCUCUCUAAAAUCUACUCCCUCUUCCCAACCACCUAUGUCGUCGGCCCCCUCCAUGCUCUUGUCGAAUCAAUUACCUCAUCCUCUGUCUCUGCCAGUCUCUUGGCCGAGGACCGCUCUGCCCUCCACUGGUUGGAUGCCCAGCCAUACCGCUCCGUCGUCUAUGUCAGCUUCGGCAGCCUAGCCCGGCUGACGCAGGAAGAGUUUCUGAAAUUCUGGCACGGGUUCGUCAACAGUGGCCGCCGCUUCUUGUGGGUGAUGCGGCCUGAUUUGGUAGCUGAAGGAACGAUUGCGGUUGAAAUGGCAGGGUUGGAGGAGAGAGUGAGAUUGGUGGCGUGGGUGCCGCAGGAGGAGGUGCUGCGGCACCGUGCGGUGGGGUGUUUCAUUACGCACAGCGGCUGGAAUUCAACGCUGGAGAGUGUAGCGGCAGGGGUGCCGAUGGUGUGCUGGCUGUGGGCGUGGAAUCAGUUGGUUAAUAGUAGGUUAGUUGGAGAGGUGUGGAAGGUGGGCUUGGAUAUGAAGGAUGGGUGCAAGAGGGAGAUGGUAGAGAGCAUGGUGAGGUCGGCGAUGGAAGGGGAGAAGGCGGAGGAGCUC